UUCCAGAUUUCGGUUACUUUUUUUUUUUCGCAUUCAUUUUGAUUUAUCAUGAGACUAUUAUUAUCAUUUAUCAAUUUAUUUGUCACAUUGGGUGAAACACGACGAUCAAUUGUGAUGACACAAUGGUUUAGUACAGGUACAAGAAAUGUUAAAUAUGAAACAAUCGCUAAUAAUAUGCACGAUAUUAAUGGAAAUAUUUUUCCACAAAUAUUUAAUGAAAGAAAAGAUAAAAAUGGUCGAAUAGUAUAUGAUUGUACUGAUAUUAUGGGUAAAAUACGACAAAAUGGUGAAGUAUAUGAACGACCAAAUGGUCGAUUUAAAUAUAAAUGUGAUAAUGGCAUCGAAAUUAUCAUUGAUGUUAAAUAUGCUAAAUAA